AGCCAUACUUAACGGACUUAAUCAUGGCGUCUCUUGUUCUUCUCUCUGUACUUACUACGUCUAUAUAUUGAUAAAGUGUGCGAUUAUAAUAACAAUUUAAUCCUUCAGAUUUCAGUGUUCUUUCCAAAUGAGUCUGAAUUCCUAAACACAUUUGUGUAUUAUAUCGCCGUUAAUAUGUUUGGCAAGAAAAAAGAAUUGAAACGACCCAGGCCAGUCGGUGACUUAGAACAGUUUGGCAUCUUUGAAGUACCUGAUAUAAAUAUGGGCAAUAUUGAUGAUAAUACGAUAAGAGAUGAUGAUAACGAUGAAGACUUAGAAGCUGAAUUAGCUGCUUUGGCAGCUGGUAAUGAUACAGGCUACAAAAGUAGACGCAAUAUUACACGUAAAGCUGUUACGAAUGUAAAUUUGGAUGAAAUGAUAGCUGAGUCCAUGAAGGAUACAAAUUCUGAUGAGGAACCAUCUGAAGAAAAUGAUGAUCCUACAUUACUAAAAGAAUUACAAAUGCUCACAGGAGAUGAAAUUAUAGCAGAAGAGACAGAAAUUCCUGAAAUAGUAGAAGAACAAGCAGAACCUAAUGAACCUACUGCAGAAGAAAAUAAUUCUAUGCAUGAAAUGACCAAACUAUUGCAAGAAAGACUAAUGAUUUAUGAAAAAGCUGAACAAAAGGCAAGAAAUGAAAAUGAAUCUAGUAGGGCUAAAAGAUAUAGCAGAGGUGUAAAAACACUCAAGGAAAUGUUGGUUUCUGCACAAUCAGGCAGAAAUAUAAAUGAAGCUGAUAUUCCUCCACUUUUGCCUCCUUCUGCAACUGCAGAAUCUACAGUUAAAAAUGCAGCAAAAGAAAUAUCACCAACUGAAGUUAAUGAAUCAUCUGCUACGUCAGAUGCAGUUUCAAAUGAUGGUCUUUCUGAACCAACGGCAGAUGUCACAGUUGAUCAAGAAGCUUUAACUAAAUUAAAAGACCAACAACAAAAAUAUAAGACUGCUGCAGUUGCAUGGAAGAAGGCGGGUAAUAAAGAGCAAGCACUGCAGUAUGUAAAAACUGUGAAACAGUUCGACAUAGUUAUUGCUGCAGUUGCUGCGGGUGAGAAGAUUGAUUUGUCAGAUAUGCCACCUACUCCAACUCUACCUUCUUCAGCAGAUAUUGUACCACCAGUGAUGAAAGAAGAAAGCGAAAUUCAGCAACAAUCUACAGAUACAGCUGAUUCACAAGCAAAACUUGGUCUUGAAGAUAUUGAAGGUGCUCUUAAAGAACGUUUGGAAGUGUACAGGAGAACAAAAGUGGCUGCUGAAGCUGAGGGUAAUACUUCUAAGGCACGCAGAUAUGGUAGAAUUUGCAAACAAUUUGAAGAUGCUAUUAAGUCACACAUAAGUGGAAAACCAGUACCUCUAGAUGAACUUCCUGUUCCACCUGGUUUUCCACCACUGUCUACUUCGCAAAAUAAUGAUACCACUGCACAAUCUGUAGCUCAGCCCAAAUCACCUGAAGAUAAUAUUGUAACAAAACCUAUAUCACCAAAAGCGCCCGUUCCUUCUCCUAAAAUAGGACAAAAACCAAGUCACAGAAUUACAUCGCGUGCGGAAAAGCAAAUGAUACAAUUACAACUGCGGCAGCGCGAAUUAAAGCAAGCUGCUUUAAAUGCAAAACAAGAUGGGGAUAUGGAUUUGGCGCGUGAUUAUCUAAAGCAAGCUAAAGGGAUACAACCUUUAAUUGAAGCUAGCAAAGCUGGAUUACCUGUCGAUAUGAAUUCGAUUCCGUUGUCACCUCUUGAAAAAGUAGAACUCAGUAUAAGUCAGAAAGAUGAAAAUUUUGUAUUAGUAUCUACCGAAGAUUUUUUGGAAGGCUCGAGUGGAACAAAUGAUCAAAUUUACGAAAAUCUUGAAACUCAAUUAAUUAAACAAAUUAAGUGGUGUUUAUCUACACGAGAUCAUUCAAAAGCAUUAGGAGAUGUUCCUGCAUAUAAUAGAUGGGAACGACUAGCACUUGGUUACACGCGAGAUUUAGAUAUGCUAAGAGUUCGAAAACGCGAUUUACUGCCACCACCGCAACAUCAUUAUGAAGUGAAAACCUAUCAAAUAGUACAGUGUUCCAUUGAUUUAAAUGACAGUGAUAUCGAAAUUUCUAUAAUUAGAGGAAUCAAUUAUCCUCGAGAGGCAGACACAUAUGUUAUGUUUGAAUUUCCAUUUCCGUCGGAUAAUCAUCCUACAGAUAGAACAUCGACAAUCAAAGAUUCUGCCAAUCCUGAAUACCAAGGUGUAUUUCCUCUGAAUGGGAUUAUAAAUCGUACUUCUAGACAAUGCCAAAGAGCCUUUAAACGGCAUGCUUUAAAAUGUGAAGUUUGGGCAAAAGGAUGCUCACUGAAUCCCAUUUUAUGCUGCUCUCAUCCCAGAGGUUUCCUCCGAAGUGACAGUCUAUUGGGUACAGUGACGGUUAAGUUACAACCUCUCGAGUCCCAGUGUACUCUACAUGAUUCCUUUCCGCUUAAGGAUGGCAGAAAAGUAACAGGAGGAAAACUAGAAUUAAAAAUCCGUUUAAGAAAUCCAAUUCUUUUUAAGCAAAUAGAAAACGUCACAGAUAAAUGGUUAACUAUUGAUCAAUGAUGGAUGAUUGAAUGCAGUUUAAUAAUUUAUUGUUAAUUUGUCAUUUUUGAAUUAUGGGGCCUUUAAAAUAAUACGCAUCAGAAGAACAUCUAUAUAUGUUUUAUAUAGGAUGUCCGAUUGUGGGCACCCAAAUUGAGCUCCGGACUCAAAAUCUAGAUUUAUUUGAUGGCUUCUCUAGAUUUUACAACUUUUGAUUUGAAAAAUUUUUUUAAUGCAUUAUGUUUUCGACAUGUUAUUAAAUUUAUUCACAUUAAAAUGACAGCCUGUAUAUUAGUAUGUUGCGCGCGUAAGUGUAUGUGUGUACGUAUAUAUUUAAGAGCCAAAUGUCCGUCGAGAUGAUAAUUUUGCAAAAGUAUGAAAAAAUUUGUUAAAUGAAAAAAUUAGAUACAGAAAUAGAACUGAUUAAAUAAUGUUCAGAAUAUGCAAUGUAGACAGAAAUAUACUCAACAAAUUAUGAUGAUAAUUUUGAAGAGAUCAAACAGGCCUUGGAAUAAUUGCAACGUAGUUAUGAUUAAUGACAGAACACAAGUUCAAUGGGAAUAUUGAUUAAUCGUUGACGCCAAUCUGCUAGCAAACUUGCUAAUAUUUUGUUUAUUCUGA